AUGUCAUCCAACAAGGCCGCCCGUGUGGGCGAGGAGAUAUGGAAAGGCCGCAUCGACAAGGUCAAUGCCGAGCUCGUCACCCUGACCUACGGCACGAUCGUCGCGCAGCUGUGCAAGGACUUUGAGGGGGACUACAUCGAGGUCAACAAGCAGCUGGAUCGCAUGGGUUACAACAUUGGCCUGCGCUUGAUUGAGGACUAUCUGGCAAAGUCGAACUCGAUGCGCCGGUGCAGCAACUUCCGCGAGACCGCCGACGCGAUAUCAAAAAUCGGCUUCAAGAUAUUCCUCAACAUCACCCCGACGAUUACCAACUGGACAAGCGACAGCAAGCAGUUCUCUCUCGUCUUCGAGGAGAAUCCGCUCGCCGACUUUGUCGAGCUGCCCGACGACGGGCGCGCCCAGGACGAGCUGUGGUUCUCCAACAUCCUCUGCGGCGUGCUCCGCGGCGCCCUCGAGAUGGUCCAGAUGCAGGUCGAGGCCCACUUCAUCAGCGACGUCCUUCGCGGCAACGACACCACCGAGAUGAGGGUGUCGCUUAUCAGAUACAUCGACGACGAGCUGCCGCCGGAGGAUGACUAG